UCACAUUGUGGUCAUGUAUAUAUAAACUUAAGUAAUCAAUAUUUAGUUCUAUGCAUUUAGUAUAGCGCAAGAUUAAAUCUUAUUUCUGGACUGCAUAUUUAUCUUAGUCUAAUCUCACGGUCAUACCAGUGUCCACAGCUGUUGUGUCACGUGAUUCUGUGCAGUUAUGAAUGAAAUCACCAUUUUAGUUUUGACUGUCACCAUUGCACUGGUAGUUAUCUCCCUCUGGUUCGGUCGCAAAAAACGAAAUUUCCCGCCAUGUCCAGUCUUUACACUGCCCAUUAUUGGAAACCUGCUCUCGUUGUCCGGUGAUCAGAGGUCCCAGUACAGGAAAUGGAGGAAGAAGUGUGGGGAUAUCUUCUGUCUUUACGUCGGCUCCAAGACCAUCAUAGUUCUCAACGGCUACGAGCUGCUCAAGGAGGUCAUCAUCAAGAGGGGAAACGAAUUCUCGGACAGACCAGUGUCCAGCUUUGAUACAAUGGCUGGGUCUGUCGGACUGGGCGUCAUAACAUCCUCCGGCAAAAUCUGGAAAGAGCACCGUGCUGUCACCCUGAACAUCCUGCGCAAAUUUGGCAUGGGCAAAAACCUCCUGGCCGAGAGAAUGCAGGAGGAAGUCAACCAUUACUUGGAUCAUCUCUCCAGCUACCACGGCAACCCGGUGGACAUAAGGCUGAUCACCAGGACCAGUCUCUCGAACGUCAUGUGCGCCAUGAUGUUCGGCCAGCGUUUUGAUUACAUCGACGCUAAGUUCAACACGUUUAUGGCCUACCUGGGAGACCUGUUCCACUACUUCUACUUAAACAGCUUCACCGACUUCCUGCCCCUCUUGCGCCAUCUGCCGGGGGAUUUCUUCAAAGUGAAGCUGCUCAAACGUGAGAUGAAAGAACUUUUCCAGUUUUUUAACGUGAUGGUGGAGCGAAUCCGAGAGGACAGCACGCAAGAGAGUGUGAUCUCUUCCUACUUGGAGGAGCUGGAGAGGCGACGGAAGUCCGGCGAGGACACAACGAUGGACCAGGAGAAUCUGCUGAAAUUUAUCUUUGAUAUGUUUAUAGGGAGUUCCGAGACGACCCCCGGGACUAUUUACUGGUUUGUGCUGUACAUGAUCAACUUUCCGGAAGUUCAAGAGAAAGUGUUCGCUGAGAUCAAAGAGAACGUUGGGACUGAGAGAGUGCCGACGAUUCAGGACAAAACCAAGUUACACUACCUUCAUGCCGCCAUUCUGGAAACGCAAAGGCUGUGCAGUCUAGCAGCGAACUCCUUCUUCCACACUUGCCUUCAGGACACGACCAUCCAGGGCUACGACAUCCCGAAAGGCGCCUACAUCGUGCCAUGUCUGGACAGCGUUAUGUACGAUGAGAACAUCUGGGGCAAAGACGUCAUGAACUUCCGCCCGGAAAGGUUUCUGGAUCCUGACGGGCAUGUUCACGUUCCGGAGGAGUUUGUUCCGUUUUCCUUGGGGAAGAGAAUCUGCGUGGGUGAGUCUUUUGCCAAUACGGCUCUCGUGAUCUACGUGUCCAACAUGCUUCAAAAAUUUCAGUUUCUAGCAGUCGACCCUAAAAAUCCUCCAUCGAUGGAUUACCAGUUUGGUCUGACAGUUCUCGCGCGGAGCUAUGAGGUUAAAAUCGUGGCUCGUGAGAACUGAGCUGUAAGGGGAGACAAUGUAUCGCAUUUACAAUAUAUGUAAUUUUGUUAAGCUUUCUGCUCUUUGUGACAAUAAAUCUAAUUCAUGAGAGAUUUAACUUUUAAAUUAAUAACGUAGUGGCCUUGAUAAGAAUUUUGUACAAGGUGUAUCUCAAUUGUUUAAAUAUUAAAUUGUAUUAACAACUUAAGAAUUCUAUAAAUACAUAGAUUUAUAAGAGUUUAAUUCUACAUAUUAUGUGUUAUUGGGUUCAACCACCUUGGUAAUUUCACUGCAACCACAAACAGUCAUACGUUUAUAAUUGAUUUUUACAAAUCCAAAACAAAGUGACUCUGUCUGUGUGGCACAAAUUUUGAAUACGUUAUUACUCCCACUUCUCAUAUCGGUUUAAGCUAAACUUUGCACAAUUAAUCAUUGUUCCUUAUAAAACAUGAUUUAAUUUAAAAAAUUAAUUAACCAUUUAGUUAAUUGAUUAAUAGUAAUUUAUUAUAUUUGUCUGAUAUUGAUAAAGGGAAAUAUAUUUUACAGUAUUGAGAGAUUGGCUGUAAUUGUGGAUCUGGUAAGCUUUGCUUUGUUUUGUUUGUUGUUGUUGUUUUUUUAAAGUAUUUUUAUAUUUUGCUUGUUUGAUUUCUGUACAUAAAACGUCAUGGAUUUAUAAGUAACUUCAUUUACAAAUAUGUAUUUUUAAACUAAAUGUUCCCGCUCAAGGAACCAAGUUUUGAAGAGUUCAUUUGAUGACAUUCAAUAACAACAGCAGACGACAAUUCUAUCUGCUGCCUAUGUGGCAAUUUUUUUUGAAAGCUGUAACAAAUCGCAUAAAAAUCUGGCAAUAUUUCCAAACAGUCAAUCUUAUGUUUCCAACUCCUCAUACUUUUGAAAUUGUUGCCUUUCAUUGAAUCAAGAUUAAAGCUUUGUUUGUGUACUUAAAGAGAAUGUAAUUGGAUUUUUUGUAAAGAUACCCACCAAAAAAUAAUGACUUGACAUGUCAAAAGAUGUUGAAGAAUGUGUUAUGUUAUGAUGAUAAUGAGACUAUUACGUCAUUGUUUAUUGUUGUUUUUUUUUAAACACCGAUUGGCUUGUGUGAUGCAAUUUAAAUAAUACUUUUAUUUUAUAAUUGAUUCUUCUUCGUCAUCUCUGUACUAUUGCUGCACUUGUAACAUGUUGAUAAUGCAUAUACCACAUCAACAAAGGGAAUGAGUAACCUAAUGAUUAACUCUUUCUCUCCGUAAUUAUUUUCUUCGUUCCAAUAGUAUUAUUAAUUUUGCAUAUUUGUAUUUCACUAUACUGUUAUGAUUAAACUUUGAUAACUUUUUUUGUUUGAUAUCAGAAAAUGUUAUAGUUGGCAUCGAAUUAUAGGGAAUUGUAUGCUCUUUUUUUUUUACACAACAUAAAUAAAAGUUUAUAAAUCCAAAAUUGAA